AUGGUGCUAUCAAUAUGGUGUUUUCGAGAAAAAUUUGCAACCGUACAGGACUUAGGAAAAAGAUACGAAGGAUAUGACAACUAUUUCACGUUGAGGAUACACUACAGUGGUGUCUUCACCAAAGCACCUGGAAGGAAAUACGUUGAUGGGGUUGUAGCAUAUGUAGAUGAUGUUGACACUGAUUUAUUUUCAGUUCAUGAGCUUGAUGAAAUGGUCCGAGAACUAGGGUACAAAACUGAGCAAACCCUUUACUACCAUUUUUGUAUCCUUGAAUACCCUUUAGACUAUGGCUUAAUGCUUUUACGUAAUGACCAAGAUAUACUUAAAAUGGUAUCAUAUGUCCCUAAACACAGACUUAUAAGGGUGUAUAUUGAAACUGGUCAGAAAAGGGUAGCUAGUUAUUACAAGUCUCCUUCUAAAGUUAUUAUUGAAGAGUUGAAGCCUGAUAGUGUGUCACUUGAAAUGAAUAGAAAGAAACCUUGUAAGAGAGAAGCAGGAUCAUGUAGUAGAAAGCUUGAUCUAAACAAGUCUAUGAACCCUGAUUAUGAGCAGUCACAAGUAUUAGAUGUUGAUGAAGGGCAUGAUUCCUCAAAGAGUAUUUUGCCAUUUAUAAGGUCACACGCUAGCAAACAAAGUCAUGUCAUUCAAGAGGAAGUGGUCAAUCAUGAAAUUGAAACUCAAGAAGAAGUGAUCACUAGUGCAGUUGAAACUGAAGAACCAGUGGGAACUUACCAUGUACAUGAACUAAGCUGCCAAGCUGAUGAUGUAGCUAAUACUACAACAAUUGAUGACUUUGAAGCAUUUGUAGAUGAUUAUUCACUUUAUGCUGAUUAUGAUGUUGAGUUUAAUGUUCAAAAUUCAUGUGAACAACAACCAGAAGUGAAUUAUCUAGAGGGUAUGGUGAGUGAUGAUAAUGGAGAGGCUUUCUAUUUUGAGAGUGGCCAUGGUUCUAAGGGUAGUGGAGAUGAUUCUGAUGACAGUGAAUAUAAUGUGGAUGAGUCUAACAUACAAUUUGAUGUAGAUGUAGACAUGAGUGAAUUCCAUAAUGCUGUUGAUGUAGAUGAACAUGGAAUCUUAAACAAUCAUUCAAAAGAUGAAAGGAAUGACAUGGUUGAUGAUGAGUUGGAAGUUAUUGCGACUGAUGAUUAUCACUUUGCUAGAUUUCAUGAAGAUGAUAGGAAGAGACUUGUAACAUCUGGAUUUCUAGUCUUCAUAAAAAAAAAUAAUGAUGUUGGUGGUGACAACAAUGGUGGUGUUGGUGCUGUUGGUGGCGGAUGUGGAGAUAACGGAGGUAGGGGAGGUGGGGGUGACGGAGGUGGUGGCGGCAACAUUGGUGGCGGUGGUGUCAAUGGUGAUGGCUGA